AUGAGACUGACCCGCGAUAAUAUUAACCAGCACGUCGUGCGUGCCGAGUACGCCGUCCGUGGUGAGCUUGCCGUCAAAUCAGAGGAGUACCGUGCCCUCCUCAAGAACGGUGACAACUCCCUGCCCUUCGAUCAGGUCAUCUCGGCCAACAUCGGAAACCCCCAGCAACUCGACCAGAAGCCCAUUACCUUUUUCAGACAGGUCCUCAGCUUGCUGGAGAACCCUGAGCUUCUGAAGAAGGAGGAUGUUUUGAUCAAUGGCCUCGGAUACAAGACUGAUGUCAUUGAGCGUGCCAAGUGGUUGCUGAAGCAGGUUGGCUCUGUGGGUGCCUACAGUGCCAGCGCUGGCGCCCCUGCUAUUAAGGAGAGCAUUGCUGCAUUCCUGGAGCGCCGUGAUGGCUUCCCCGCCGAUCCGUCCAAGAUCUACCUCUCGACCGGCGCCUCAUCAGGUGUCAACACCCUCCUUCAUGUUAUUUGCGCCGACAAAAACUCAGGAAUCAUGAUUCCCAUCCCUCAGUACCCUCUCUACACCGCAACGCUCUCUCUCCUAGACGCCCAGGCCGUCCCGUACUACCUCGACGAGUCCAAGUCAUGGGGAACCAGCUUUGAGACUAUCAAGGCCGCCUACGAGAAGGGUAAAGCUGACGGUCUUGAUGUCCGCUGCAUCGUUAUCAUCAACCCCGGCAAUCCUACCGGUGCUUCUCUCUCCGAGGAGGACGUCCGCUCUGUCAUUGACUUUGCCAGAGAGGAGAACCUUGUCAUCAUGGCUGAUGAGGUGUACCAGACCAACGUUUUCGUUGGUCAGUUCCACAGCUUCAAGGGCGUUCUGCGCAAGCUGCAAAAGGAGAACCCUGGCAAGUACGACGGCGUUGAGCUUGCUUCCCUGCAUAGCAUUUCCAAGGGUAUGGUCGGCGAGUGUGGCCACCGCGGCGGUUACUUCGAGCUUGUCGGAUUCAACGCCGAAGUCGAGGCUCAAAUCUACAAGUUCGUCUCCAUCAUGCUCUGCGCCCCAGUCAUCGGCCAGUGCCUGGUCGAGCUCAUGGUGAACCCGCCCAAGGUCGGUGAGCCUUCAUAUGAGCUUUACAACAAGGAAUACUCUGGAAUCCAUGAAGGUCUCCGCGAGCGUGCCACUGCUCUUCACAAGGCUUUUAGCCAGAUGGAAGGCGUUGAAUGCGCCGAGCCUCAAGGUGCAAUGUAUCUCUUCCCCACCAUCCAGCUGCCCGCAAAGGCACACGAGGCGGCUGCCGCCGAAAAGCGCACCGCCGACGAGUUCUAUUGCAUGAAGUUGCUCGAGGCUACUGGUGUAUGUCUUGUUCCGGGAUCCGGUUUCGGCCAGAAAGAGGGCACUCUGCACUUUAGAACUACUUUCCUUGCCCCUGGUACAGAGUGGGUUGCUGGUAUUGUCAAGUUCCACAAGGAGUUUAUGGACAAGUACAGGUAA